AUGGGGUCUGCUCCGUCCGCCAGUCGGUCGCUGGUCGCUCAGCCCAGCCUAUUGCACAAGAAGUACCUCGCCGCCCAUAAUGUGGGACCAGACUGGGCACCAAUGCUUCCAUCAGGAGAAUAUGAGAGGAUCAUUCAGAAUGAGAUAGACAAAGUAAAUGCUGAAGGAGAAGAAGAGAGGCAGAAGAGGCACAAAGAUGGUGAAGACCUGAUACCAGAUUGUGAUGUAACAGUAUGGUUUAGGGAAUGCAAAGAAGAGGUAGUGGAACCUCUGGCGGGUCAAACCUCAGGAACUAUACCACGCUGGCUAAAUGGUGUACUGAUAAGGAACGGGCCUGGAGCUAUGACUGUGGGAGAUUAUUCUUAUAAUCAUCUGUUUGACGGUGCUGCUUUGUUACACAGGUUUUACAUUAAAGAUGGUUCAGCUACUUACCAAUGUAGAUUCCUCCAAUCGAAGACAUAUAAAAGAAAUCAAGCAGCACAAAGAAUAGUUGUGAAUGAAUUCGGAACCAGAGCAGUGGCAGAUCCUUGCAAGACAAUAUUCCAAAAAUUCGCAUCGUAUUUUAAAUUUGAAGAUUCUGAUAACUGUUUGGUAUCUGUAUAUCCAUAUAAGGAUGAAAUCUACACAUUAACAGAGGCUCCGGUGAUGUACAGAAUAGAUAAAGAUACAUUGAAGACCAUGAAUUCUGUGAAUAUCUCUAAUCUUAACAAUUUAAAUAUAGUUCACCACACAUCUCACCCCCAUGUUGAAGACGAUGGACUAGUUUUCAAUCUAGGAUUGUCUGUUCAACGUAAAGGACCUAUGUAUACCAUUGUUGAAUUUCCAAAUACUAAGAAAGGUAGCGAGAAGAAAGAUAUAUUUUCAGAAGCGAGGAUCGUGGGGUCUGUAAAUUGUAGAUGGCCUUUUCAACCAAGCUACAUGCAUACUUUUGGGAUGACUAAAUCGUUUUUCGUUAUUGUGGAACAGCCAUUGGGCAUUUCAGUGAUGGAAAAGAUAGCUAUGAAUUUCAACACAAAACCACUCUACAAUAUACUGAAAUGGAAUGAUAAGCAUCCUACAUUAAUUCAUGUUGUUGAUAGAAAAUCUGGAAAAAACGUCAAAACAUUCUUAGCUGAGCCAUUUUUUUACCUCCACAUAAUCAAUCAAUAUGAAGAUAAUAAUCAUGUUGUCAUCGAUAUUUGUGUCUACAAAAAUCCAAGCAUGAUUGAAUGCAUGUUAAUAGAAGCCUUAAAAACAGCAAAACAAAACCCGGACUAUGCAAAAAUGUUCCGAGGACGACCGUUUAGAUACGUACUACCGAUGAAUGCCACAGAAAAUUUAGUUAACUUAGUCACAUUACCUAAUACAAGUGCCAAAGCCUAUUUGACAAAGGAUGGAAAAAUAUUUGUUGUUCCAGAAUUACUUUCUAAUAUGGGAUGUGAAACUCCACGUAUUAAUUAUCCCCUAUUCCUAGGGAAAAAGUAUCGUUAUUUUUAUGCAAUAUCUUCUGAUGUCGAUUUAAAAAAUCCAGGAACGUUGAUUAAAGUUGAUGUUACAAAUAAAACAAUACUGACAUGGACUGAAAUUGACACAUUUCCAAGUGAACCAGUAUUUGUUCCUUCACCAAAUGGAGAGGAUGAAGAUGAUGGUGUGGUGAUCUCGACAUUGCUAUGGGGAAAUGAUGCAUGCAAGACAGCUGUAAUAGUUCUGGAUGCCAAAACAUUUACUGAACUGGGAAGGACAGAUUUUGAAACUACGGGACCAGUACCAAAGUGUCUUCAUGGGUGGUACUUUCCAGACUGAAAUAAAUAAUUUAGUAUGUUAUAAGUAAUGUAUCUCACGAUGCACCCCUCUCCCACCAAAAGUAACUUUAAAUCUACCUCUGAACUAGUACAGGCUAGCGAAAUCUAAUCAGAGAGAAAACAUUUUUAAAAAAUAUUGAGUAUUUGAAGGUCAACUUAAAAGUGAUGAGUUGCAAUUUUGGAAACACCAAAUUAUUGUAGCGGAUAAAGGGUUUUAGUGGUAUAUUUUUAAUAUUUUCCCCUUAUAUUAACAUAUAGCCAAUAGUUCACACAGAACUGAGUUCAUAAAGGUGCCAGGUGGGAAUACAGAUCUUUGUUGUAGAUAAAUACGAUUUGAAUUUUGUUUUGAAUUUUUCAGAACAUGGAAAACAUUACUUAGCGCACUCAUUGAUUCGGCCUUUUAUUUAUAGUAGACAGUAUAAAGAAUAAAGACAAGAGA